CUGGACCCGACGCGGCGCCUCCUGGUGACGUAGCCACUGAGCCGGAAGUACGAGCCUUGGGCUCCUGAGACCUGUCAUGGCGGCGUCUGCUGGAGCGCGCUGGAACCACGUGUGGGUUGGCACCGAGACAGGGAUCCUGAAAGGGGUGAAUCUUCAGCGUAAACAGGCGGCGAACUUCACGGCCACAGGACAGCCGCGGCGCGAAGAGGCAGUGAGCGCCCUGUGCUGGGGCUCCAGCGAUGAAACGCAGAUACUGCUGGGCUGCGCGGACGGGAUGGUGAGGCACUUCAGCACCAACGAGGGCCGAUUCCAGGGCCAGAGGCACUGCCCCGGUGGGGAGGGCACGUUCCGGGGCCUCGCCCGGGCCGGCGGCAACCUCAUCACAUGUGUGGAUUCUGGGAUUCUCCGAGUCUGGUGUGACGAUGACAAGGAGGCAUCAUCCUCUGACCCACUCCUGGAACUCAGGGUGGGCCCUGGAGUGUGUAAGAUGCGCCAAGACCCAGCACAUCCCCACAUGGUGGCCACUGGUGGGAAGGAGAAUGCCUUGAAGGUGUGGGACCUGCAGGGGUCUGAGGAACCUGUGUUCAGAGCCAAGAACGUACGCAAUGACUGGCUUGACUUGCGGGUUCCCAUCUGGGAGCAGGACAUCCAUUUCCUCCCUGAUUCACAGAAGCUCGUUACCUGCACCGGGUACCAUCAGGUCCGAGUCUAUGACCCAGCCUCCCCCCAGCGCCGACCUGUCCUGGAGGCCACCUACGGAGAAUACCCACUGACCGCCAUGACCCUCUCUCCUGAGGGGAAUUCGGUGAUCGUGGGGAACACUCAUGGGCAGCUGGCAGAAAUUGACCUUCGGCAAGGGCGCCUCCUGGGCUGUCUGAAGGGGCUGGCUGGCAGUGUCCGGGCGCUGCAGUGCCACCCUUCCAAGCCCCUGUUAGCCUCCUGCGGUCUGGACAGAGUCUUGAGGGUACACAGGAUCCGGAACCCACGGGGCCUGGAACAUAAGGUUUAUCUCAAGUCUCAGCUGAAUUGCCUCCUUCUGUCCGGCAGGGACAACUGGGAGGAUGAGCCCCAAGAGCCUCAGGAGCCCAACAAGGUGUCCCCAGAAGACACAGAAACGGAUGAACUUUGGGCUUCCUUGGAGACAGUUGCCAAGCGGAAGCUUGCCGAUUCCCGGCAGAGCCAAGGGACCCCCCAAACCAGACACAAAAAGAAGCGGCCACGGUCCACCAGUCCCUGAAGACUCUGUUCCCACUUUGUAAAUAAAC